AUGUAUAAACUGUUGUUUGCAGCAUGUUUCGUGAGUGUAAUCGGAGGGCAAAUAUCGUUGAAGAAGCUGAAACAUGAGCAGUUUUCUGCCAAAACGAACCCGUUCUCUUCACCUGAUAAAAACAGUUUUGUCAAAUCGCUUGAUAAAUCUGAAUUAGCAUGGGAUCAAAUGCUAGAGGAUGCCACAAAACAGGUUCGUACUUGUAACUAA